AUGAAGACGGAGGGCGGGGUGCAGCCGGCGCCCUUCAGCGGGAGGAGGCAGAGUCUGAUCGAGGAUGCCCGCAGAGAGCGAGGCUCCGUGGGCUCCCCUGGGCCUCCGGGGCCUCCGGGGCCCUCUCGGUACGGAGACAUGGGCUUCGUGUUCGAGGAGAAGGACGGCAGGGUCACUCUCAACCUCCUCUUCACUCUCAGCAAUGAGAAAAACGCAGGAUUCUUCAAAACUGGUAAAAUAUUCGAGACGUUUGAAGCUAAACUUCUCCACAUUGAGAGCCGGCCGGGGAGGAAGUCAAAGAACAGCACGACAGACCUGGAGUUCUUCAUGAAGUGUGAAGUUCACAGCUCCGACCUGGACGUGUUCAUCAACUCACUGAAGAGAGUGGUGGACGACGUUCGCUCCAUACCGGAGGAAAAAGUUCCCUGGUUUCCCCGACAGAUAAAAGACCUCGACAGAUGCAACAUGCUAGUAACCAAAUUUGAUCCAGACAUGGACCAGGAUCAUCCAGGAUACAGCGAUCCAGAAUACAGAAAACGACGGGCAUUCAUCUCUGAGCUUGCCUUCAGAUACAAACAGGGGGACCAGCUGCCCACUGUGCAGUACACAGCAGAAGAAGUGUCCACAUGGAGGGAGGUGUACCUGCAGCUGAGGAGCAUCUACCCCAGUCUGGCCUGCUGGCAGUUCCUGGACGGGCUGCAGCAGCUGGAGACAGAGUGCGGCUACGGAGAGGAGCGCAUCCCUCAGCUCAGAGACAUAUCCGCCUUCUUGAAAGAGAAGACUGGCUUCCAGCUGCGCCCGGUGGCCGGCCUGCUGUCAGCCAGAGACUUCCUCUCCAGUCUUGCCUUCAGAGUGUUUCAGUGCACUCAGUACAUCCGCCACGCCUCAGCACCCAUGCACUCCCCUGAGCCAGACUGCUGUCAUGAACUGCUCGGUCAUAUUCCCAUGCUGGCGGAUAAAGAAUUCGCCCAGUUUUCUCAGGAGAUUGGACUUGCCUCGCUUGGAGCUUCAGAUGAAGACAUUGAGAAACUGUCAACGUUAUAUUGGUUCACUGUGGAGUUUGGCCUCUGCAAGCAGAACGGAGCAGUGAAAGCUUACGGCGCCGGACUCCUGUCGUCUUACGGAGAGCUCGUUUACGCUUUGUCGAAUGAGCCGGAGUACAAGCCAUUUGUUCCUGAGGAGACAGCAGUUCAGCCGUACCAGGACCAAACAUACCAGCCUGUUUACUUCGUAUCCGAGAGCUUUGAGGAUGCUAAGACCAAAAUGAGGAGAUACUCUGCCACCAUCAAGCGUCCCUUUGCAGUUCGCUACGAGCCGUUUACCUGCAGCGUGGAGGUUCUGGAUCAGCCCAGCAAGAUCCAAACCGCCCUGAGCCAGAUCAGAGACGACCUGAAGACCCUUCACAGCGCUCUGGAGAAGUUCAGCUUCUCUGAAGAGCGGGAACAAAUGGUCUGCAGAGAAAGGAGAGUCAUGCAGGAAGAGAAAUAGAUGGACAGUGGCCUGUGUAAAUAGUACUAAAUACUAUCUAUAAGAUCAACUACCAUGAUCAACAUGUACAGAAAAGCAAAAUGUAGUCCGGUUUGUGAGUCUCAUAAUGGCCAU